GCGGUGGGGCCCCUCUGCCACCUCCUGGGCCGGAGGUGCCCCAGGUGAGCAGCUGACACUGUCCUGGGUCCCCUGCCACCAAGAUAUCAGGGCUUAGGAGUCAGGCCCAGCUUGGGCAGUCUGGCCCAGGAGCUCAGCCAGAGUCUCCUUUCAGGCUGCCCCACCUGCAUCUGGGGCUGAGUUCGGCCUUACUUGGCAGGUGGGGCAGGAGCUACCACAGCCGUCGCCUGCGCGGCAGCCCCUUGAGGAGCAAUGACGGAGUACAAGCUGGUGGUGGUGGGCGCGGGUGGCGUGGGGAAGAGCGCCCUGACCAUCCAGCUCAUCCAGAACCACUUUGUGGAUGAGUACGACCCCACCAUUGAGGACUCGUACCGGAAGCAGGUGGUCAUUGACGGGGAGACGUGCCUGCUGGACAUCCUGGACACGGCAGGGCAGGAGGAGUACAGCGCCAUGCGGGACCAGUACAUGCGCACGGGCGAGGGCUUCCUCUGCGUGUUCGCCAUCAACAACACCAAGUCUUUCGAGGACGUUCACCAGUACAGGGAGCAGAUCAAGCGGGUGAAGGACUCAGACGAUGUGCCCAUGGUGCUGGUGGGGAACAAGUGUGACCUGCCUGCCCGCACCGUGGAGUCACGGCAGGCCCAGGAACUUGCCCGCAGCUACGGACUUCCCUACAUCGAGACCUCUGCCAAGACCCGCCAGGGCAGCCGCUCUGGCUCUGGCUCCAGCUCCGGGACCCCCCGGGACCCCUUGGGACCCGUGUGACCCAGCGGCCCCAGCGGCCCCUCGAGCUGGUGUGGAGGACGCCUUCUACACGCUGGUGCGGGAGAUCCGACAGCACAAGCUGCGGAAGCUGAACCCCCCGGACGAGAGCGGCGCCGGCUGCAUGAGCUGCAAGUGUGUGCUGUCUUGACGCCGCGGCGGCCAGGCGCAGGCGCGGAGGCGCGGGACGCAGGGAGGUGGUGCGGCCGGGAAGAGGCGCGGAAGGAUGCGCGGAAGGAAGGAAGGAAGUGCCGCCAGGGCCCGGCCAGCCCAGGACAGGGGACAGAGGUGAUCUCAGACCUCCCGCGGACGCUUUGCACAGACUGUCACGAACUGUCCCAGAUGCCGCUGGCUCCGCGCCCUCCACCUCUCGCCUGCCCUUUGGGUGCAGGUGGAAUCGCAGUAAAUUAUUGGAUGGUGUUGACCUGGAGUCGGCCUUGGGGUCGGGAGGCUGAGGGUGUGUCAGCCUCGCAGGAGGCACGUUGGGAGUCUUGGGGUCUGCCCGGCCCACUACUGCUGCUG